AUGGAUCCAUUCUCAAACCUCCCGUCGCUUGUUCAGACUGAGAUAUUUGUCUAUCUCCAAUCUCAUACAAGUAUCAGGCAGAUAAUUCAAGCAUCACCCUCUAUGCUAUGGCAUUUCAUCUUCUACAAGGAUAGUAUCAUUCGUCGCAUCCUCAACGACAUUGUUCCCAUCAGCACUUCCGCCAAUAUCGUGCGAGAUGCUCUAAGAAUUAUCGACAUUUCAGACAAAGCUUCGGCCAAAAGAUACGAAGAAUCAGAUAUAUGGAAAACCAUGGAGCUGCCAGAGAACUUUACCACCGAGCAGGUUCAAACACUCUGGCGCUUUUUUAUACGAAUGUUUGCCUUCAUUGAGGAUUACGCCUCCAAAGCAACAAGUGUCUAUCCCCCAAGAGCAUACCUUGGUGUUCCAGACAUAAUAGGCGGCAGUGGAAGCUACUUCAAAGAGCGGAGACUAGAAACCAACGUCAUCGACUUCACGAGCCUGACAUGUGCUGAGCAACAUAGGUUCUUAUCUGCCUUUGUAAGAUAUGAGCUGCUUUGCAAGAUCUUUUAUCCUCGGAUUAUGAGUUACGAAGAGCAACUGGUUGUUACAAGAAAGCUAGGUGCAAUGUGUCAAAAGUCUAAGUGGAAGAUACUACUGUCUGUUCAUGAAUACUAUAAAGCUGUCUACGGAGCUUUGUUCGCGCAUGGUGCGAAUUCCUGGUUGCCAGAUAUACCUCAACAAUACAAGACGGAUCAGUCGCCUCCGGCUAUGACCUCUGAGUACGGAUUGCUUUUCCCUGACGAUACCUGCUUCGAUGCUAGAGCAUAUGAGACAGACAUGGAUAAAGCGGGCCGAGGUCUGGCCAAGGUGCUGCCCUGUUUUGGUCUGGACUGCUUGACACAAAUACUGGCAUGUCUAAGAAAGGAGACAUGGCACGACUCCAUGAUUAGAAAAUGGCUACGAACGUUACCUAUCUCGCACUUCCAUGCGUGGACCAGCCUACUCCCCGGUGGCUUCCCCGAUAGCCUCCCCGAUAUGGACUUUCGCAGGUACGAUCGGCCGCGGACAGACCGGCAAGGCCAAGGCGGCCCGGUCAUAACAUUCAGGCCUGGGGAUUGGCGACACGAUGUGCUGAAAUGCAUCCAACUUGUCACUUACCGGCAACGCGCUUGGGGGUUGUUUGAUGAUGAUAGGCUGUAUCCGAGGCAUACCAACCACUUCCCAACCUUUAGUGAGCUUCAUCGAAUGGAAUCAGAAUAUGUUAGGGCCAAAUUCUUUUACAAGCAACCGCGCCCUUUAAGGAGGUCCCAGCAAUGGCAAGAUAUUUGGACCUUGGGUCUCCAGCCUAUAAGACGCUAUGGCAACGCAACUGGUCCUGAGGUUGACACUAUUGCCGGGCAUCUGGGGCCUUGCGAAAGGUUUUUUAGUGCUCCUAGUGAGAAGCUACCUAACGAUCUAGUGGAAGGCGAAUCGGAAAUUUUAUAUUAA